CGUUGUUGAUUUUGAAAUUGCCCUUGAAUCUAUUUUAAAUUUUUAUUAUCAGACCAAUUGAGAUUACAUUUAUUCGGCAUCUGGUUGGGAUCCAGUCCAGAGCUAGUUAAUCCAGGCCAAAUGGUGGGUCAUCGGCAGUCAGACCUCCUGUUUGGAGAGACGGGGGACUCCAUUCGCUUAAUGCAAGGGGUACACAAAAGGUUCAACACAACGGGGUCUCGAAGGUCUUUCAGAGAUGAGUCAGAAGGUCCCUCCAUCCCCUCCCAGUUCCAGACAGUGGUGAUCGACAACUCAGAGAGACAGGGAUUCACCUCCAGAGCAAAGAGAUUCGACGAAUACAGAUACGUGACAGAGGCACCAGGUCCUGGAGCAUACUCUUCAAUUGACAGAAGCAUGAUUUGCAAGUCAGCCUCAGCCUCCAAGAAGGGGUCCGGAACGUUCGCUUCCAAAUCAAGGAGAAAAAAUCUGUUCGGAGUGGACCCCGGCAGACCAGGGCCUGGCUACUAUGAAACCUCAAAACGAGAAUUCAUCUCUACUUCCAACGACUUCAACCGAGCGCCAUACACUGCAACGUUCGCAACUCCGAUAGCCCAGCCGACAGAAAAGAAAGUCGUCGCCCCUCCCCCUAAUGCAUACGAGAUUAAGCGAUCGAUUACGAGCAACAGCGGCGCAGGAGCAGCUUUCAAAUCCACAACAAAGCGGUCUUCUUCGUUUUUAACGCCUGGCAUGCAAGUACCAGCCCCAAACCAGUACGACGCCAACACCAAUUACAUCCUGCCCAGGGCACCUGAGCCAGUGGCGAGCUUCAAGUCCGGCACCAAACGAGAAUUCGCGACGAGCAAGGCGGCUGCAAGUGUACCUGGUCCAGGGUCCUACGAACCAUACGAGAAGCCAGACCUCUCGGAUAUUAAACGAGUGCAGAUGCCGAAAAGACACUACCUGUGUAUAUCGGCACCAGCCAUGCCAGUGCCCAAACCCCCUCCCCCGCCUGGCCCAGGGGCAUAUGAACUGCCCACUAACUUCCCAGCCGACAAUCAGAAGAGAUACAUGCAGAGCAGCUUCUUCCUCUCUACCACAGGCAGGACAUUACAGGGUUCAUCUACUGAGGGUACAAACAAACCAGGACCAGCGACGUACAAGCCUCAGAUAGGAGAGAAGCAGUCUUUCUUCUACAACUCAAAAGGCAUCUGGGUGGGGUAGGGUUCGAAUUUCUCUCAAAGAGCGGAACAGAACAUUGAAGAAGAACUGCAAUUGAUACUCUGUCAAACUCAUCUAAAUAUUGCUGAUUUACAAAUAAAACAAAAAUCUUUUUUUUUUUAAAAAAACUUUAAAAAUUAAUAAAUGAA